AAUUCAGUGGCAUGCUCCGCAGCAGAUGCACCCCUACUGUGUGUCCCCCACCCCCAGUUCCAACUGCUCUGUUGCAGCGGGAUUUGGUCAGAAUCUGGGCAGAUCCCCCUUUAUUGAACAGAAUACUGAUUCCAUUACAAGGAGCAAGUCUGGUGAAAGUGGUCCUUGCCUUCCCAUCGCACACAAAGGCAAGGAGCUCCUUAAAGGGACCUGACUGCGCCGCCGUGCAGCUUCAAAACCGUGUCAGUGCAGGCUCAGCACCCAUCGCGGGGCUAGAAUGAGUGGGGAGGGGUCCUGAGGAGCCCCCACGUCCUCGCAGAGGGGGGCAGAGAGGGACUGGUCGCCAGAGUGGAUGGAGACCACCGGUCCCCAGGGUGCGGCUCGUGAUUAGCUGCUUCUGGGGAUGCUCGGCGCACGUUCAGCCUCCUGCCUGUGGUCCAGAGGGUGCUGAGGCACAUCUUGCGGUAUGCCUGCGUGGAUUUGAGCCACCGGCCAGAGGCGAGUCCGGAUUCACACCCGGCGGAACAGCUCAACAGGACUGCGUGCAGUCAUCAUGCAUGCUUAGCUCUAGGCUUCCGCAAAAGCCUCCCGACUACAUGGAUUUGACUGUUUAGUCGGAAGAGAGUGCUGCCCGGGAAGAUUUGCGAGCCCGAUCCGCGCGCCAGCUUCUGUGACAACUUCAGGGCUGGCUGUUUACUUCUCUGGGUCCCAGGGACUCUGUCCUGCACCGCAGCCACUCCUGCCACUUUACCCGCUCUGAAGUCAGACGCAAGGACUCCUUUAACGGCAUCCCCAGGGGGAGCAAGGAGGGGUUAAAAGACGAGCAGAACCCCCCCAACUGCUCAACCUCUCGUGACUGCUUGUGUUCUGGGGUUCUGAGAGGGACCGUGUGCUGCCCGGGGAAGCAAUGCAAGUCUCCAUAGCCUGCACAGAGCACAAUUUGAAGAGUCGGAAUGGUGAGGACCGACUUCUGAGCAAGCAGAGUUCCACCGCCCCCAAUGUGGUGAACGCAGCCCGGGCCAAAUUCCGCACGGUCGCUAUCAUCGCGCGCAGCCUGGGGACCUUCACCCCUCAGCACCACAUUUCUCUCAAAGAGUCCACAGCAAAGCAGACUGGCAUGAAAUAUAGGAAUCUUGGAAAGUCAGGACUCAGAGUUUCUUGCUUGGGUCUUGGAACAUGGGUGACUUUUGGAGGUCAAAUUUCAGAUGAGGUUGCUGAGCGGUUGAUGACAAUUGCCUAUGAGAGUGGAGUUAAUCUCUUUGAUACUGCCGAGGUCUAUGCAGCUGGAAAGGCUGAAGUGAUCCUGGGGAGCAUCAUCAAGAAGAAAGGCUGGAGGAGGUCCAGCCUGGUCAUAACAACCAAACUCUACUGGGGUGGAAAAGCUGAAACAGAAAGAGGGUUGUCAAGAAAACAUAUUAUUGAAGGAUUGAAGGGCUCCCUCCAGAGGCUACAGCUUGAGUAUGUGGAUGUUGUCUUUGCAAAUCGACCAGACAGUAACACACCCAUGGAAGAAAUCGUUCGAGCCAUGACACAUGUGAUAAACCAAGGGAUGGCGAUGUAUUGGGGCACCUCACGGUGGAGUGCAAUGGAGAUCAUGGAAGCCUAUUCUGUAGCAAGACAGUUCAAUAUGAUCCCACCAGUCUGUGAACAAGCUGAGUACCAUCUUUUCCAGAGAGAGAAGGUGGAGGUCCAGCUGCCUGAGCUCUACCAUAAAAUAGGAGUUGGAGCAAUGACAUGGUCUCCACUUGCCUGUGGUAUCAUCUCAGGGAAAUACGGAAAUGGAGUGCCUGAAAGUUCGAGGGCUUCUCUGAAGUGCUAUCAGUGGUUGAAGGAAAGAAUUGUAAGUGAAGAAGGGAGAAAGCAGCAAAACAAACUAAAAGACCUUUCCCCAAUUGCUGAGCGUCUGGGAUGCACACUACCUCAGCUCGCUGUAGCGUGGUGCCUGAGAAACGAGGGUGUGAGUUCUGUGCUCCUGGGAUCAUCUACUCCUGAGCAACUCAUUGAAAACCUCGGUGCCAUUCAGGUUCUCCCAAAGAUGACAUCACAUGUGGUAAAUGAGAUUGAUAACAUUUUGCGCAACAAGCCCUACAGCAAGAAGGACUAUAGAUCCUAAGGCAAUGCAUGACCCCAAGAGCUGCAUGGGUAUAAUAGCAGUCUGCACUGGUACGGGGUUGGUGUUACUAGCCAGUCUUUUGAAUCACUUAGCAGCCUGCUGCUCAAUCUCUAGUGUCCCCGGAUUCUCUGAGGUGUCUGCUGUCACUACCACUGUGCACCUGAAUAAGAGCACAUCUGAAAACUCACAACAAGAAAAUCCAUUCUAUUUUCUUAUCUUGGACUGGAGUCACCUAUCUUUGCAUUGCUCUGUACACCUCAUGCUUAUAUGCAAUGGGAAGCAUAUGGGGAGAAAGAUACGUUACUUCCAAGCAUCUGGUAACUUAAAGGCGGCUGUACAGAUAUAUUUUUUCAAAUGAACAGAAGCCACAGAUGCAAUGUGGAGGUAUAAUAAACA